GAUCUCUCUCUCUGUUCUUCUUCUUCUUCUUCUCCUUCUCCUCCUCCUCCUCCUUCUUCGGGAUUUAACGUUAAACCGUCCGGAUGUGUCGGCGACCCUCUCCCGCUCCAGCGGCGGCGGACACGCGCUCAUGAUUUCCUUCGUCCGUCUUUAUUCCUCUUCUCUCUGUCUCAUUAAAUCUCGUUAUGAUCAGGCUUCAGGUGCCUCGUUUGGCUCUUCGUCAGCGUCUGAGCGUGCUCAGUGGCGGCGUAUGUCGUCCUGCCCAUUGGCGCCGUCGGCCAAUCGCUUUCCUCUGCUACGUCCUGUCCGUCAGCACUCUGCGGCCACUGGCCAAUCGGGUGGCAUUGUACCGGUCUUUCCCGACUCGCCUCCUCUCUCGGGCCUGGGGUCGUCUGAACGGUGUGGAGCUCCCCACCUGGCUCCGAAAACCUGUCUACUCCCUCUACAUCUGGACCUUUGGAGUCAACAUGCAGGAGGCGGCGGUGGAGGAUUUACAUCACUACAGGAAUCUGGGAGAAUUUUUCCGUCGACGUCUCAAACCUGCGGUCAGACCGAUCUGUGCCUCCUCCUGCCUGAUCUCUCCGGCCGAUGGGAGAAUCCUUCACUUCGGUCGGGUGAAGAACUCCGAGGUGGAGCAGGUGAAGGGGGUCACCUACAGUCUGGAGAACUUCCUGGGACCACAGAAGAGGCGGGGCAGCGACUCCUCCUCCUCCUUCAGGGACCUCCUCCUGUCGUCUCCUGAUAAUGACCUGUUCCACGCCGUGGUCUACCUGGCUCCAGGUGACUAUCACUGUUUCCAUUCUCCCACAGACUGGAGGGUGGAGCUUCGACGUCACUUCCCAGGCUCAUUAAUGUCCGUUAACCCGGGUGUGGCUCGUUGGGUCAAAGAGCUCUUCUGUCUUAACGAGCGUGUGGUUCUAACCGGCCAAUGGCAGCACGGCUUCUUCUCGUUAACGGCAGUCGGAGCCACAAACGUCGGAUCCAUCAGAGUUUACUUUGACCAGGAGCUUCAGACCAAUGCCCCUCACUACAGUAAAGGCUCCUUCCAUGACCGCAACUAUGUUGCUGCCGACGACCAGGUGUUGAGAGUGGCAGGUGAAGGGGGGGCGGUGCCUGUAGAUGGAGAGGGCGUGGCCUUACACAGGGGGGAGGCGGUGGGUGAGUUUAACCUCGGUUCCACCAUUGUUCUGCUGUUCGAGGCUCCCAAAGACUUCAACUUCCACCUGCAGCCGGGACAGCGAAUCAGAGUGGGGGAGGGGCUCGGCAGCUUCUGAUUGGCUGAGCAGACUCAGAGGGAGGGGCCUAAUGACAACACUGAUUUUAGAGUUGAAAGCAUUGUAGCUAAUUUCCUGUGUAAGGACUACGCUGGAGGACGUGAAGAGGACAUUUUGUUUUGUUAUGACUCAAACUCCCAGAAUGCCUUGUGCCUCAUGACGGGGAAGAUGCCAAACUUCUCUCUCUCUCUGUCUGUUUCUAUUCUGUCUCUGUGUCACUCACCCAGAAACAACUAACUGUUCCUACAGACAUUAAUUUGUAUUAUUAUUAUUCUGUAACAUGAAGCUAAAAGUCAUCAAACAUUCAGGUUCAAAUUUACUCAAAGUGAAAUAAAACCUCCAUCCGUUGACACAAUUGGAAUGUUUGAAACUUUAUUGUUCACCUGUUGUUAAGCAGCUGAUUGGUGGAGCUCCAUCAGGAUUCUUAGGAUUGGUCAAAAAGAAACAAUAUCAGUUAAUUUCUGCUUUAAUAUUAUUUUCUUCUUGUUUCCUCUGUGUUGUCAGAAAUGUAAUUAUGAAUAAAUAUUUUUUCUCAGAUUUUA